AUGGCGGAACAGCAGCCGAAUGGCUCUCCGAGUAAUAGCAAUAGCCAUGGCACACCAAAGCCAACGACGAAUUUAAAGAAAAGCGGCACAAAUAAUAACUCGAUUGUGUCGCGCUAUCGUACGACUCUAACAAGUCUGUCUGCACGCACGGGUACGGCGCUUCCAGCGCUGAUAACGAGUUUUGCGGUGUUACAUGAGGUGACGGCGAUUGUUCCGCUCGUGGGGGUGUUUUAUGCGUGUAGGACGUUUGGAGUGGGCGAGGGUGUUGUGAGGCAUGCGCGGGAGGUGACUGUGAGGAAUGCGAAGAAUGCGCAAGGGGAAGAAGGAGUAGGGUGGGUCACGAGGACGAGUGAGAGAUGGAUGAAGGAGGGCGAGGCGUGGACGGAGAGAGUGGGCAGACGGUAUGGCAUUUGGGGAUUUGAGAAGGGCAGUAAGCCUAGGCCUAGGGUCCAUGAAAGCGAUUCGACGACGACUGGAAAUGUGAUUGCUGGAGAUGUUGCGAAUGCACUUGUUGCAUACUGUGCUACAAAGGCGCUUCUACCAGCACGCAUAGGCCUCUCGCUGUACUUUGCUCCUGCAUUUGCACGGAGCGUUGUCAGUCCACUGGGUCGGGGGAUUGCUGGGGUAAUCCGGGGCAGUAGAUCUGGUAAAUAG